CGGGCGGAGGCGGCGGCGGCGGCGGGGGGGCACCGACAAUGGCGGAGGGGGGCAGCAGCCGGGGGGUAGCGGCGGCUCGGUGCCUCCUGCCCGCCUCCUCCCCGCCUUCCUCCUCCUCCUCCUCCUUCUUCUUCCCGGGUAGGAAAGUUUCAGCGCCGAUCGCGGAGCAACAACCGGGCCGGGCUUUUGGCAGCCUGGCCCCGUCGGUACGGCAGCUUUCUCUUCGUUUUACCGAGCCGGAGCCGACGGGCCCGGUUCAUGCCGGGGCUCCGCCGCCGUCCCCGGCUCCACCGCCGCCCGCGCCGCCGCCGCCGUCGCCGCCGGGCCCGGGGUUAAACGCGGAGCCGCCGCGCUGGCCCAGCGUCCCGGCGAUGCGGAAACUCUUCGGGGAGAGCUGCCGGCAGCCGACGGCGGCCGCCGGGAAUGGGAUGGGGAACGGGAGCGGGAGCGCCCGCGGAGCUCCCCCGCCGCCUCCGCCCCGCAGCCGCGUCCCGCACCCGGCGCUCCGCUCUCCCCGCGGAGCUCCGCCGGAGCCCGGCCCGCAUUCCUGGCAUAACUCGGCUCGACCGCAACCACCCUCCUCCUCCCCAUCGCCCCGCUCCAACGGGGACGAUGAAGCCGCGGCGGCCCGUUCUCCCCGCGCCUCGUCGGGCAGCGAGGGCGAGGGGCAGAGCGCUGCCCUCCGGCCCCGCACCGCACGGAAGAAGAAGGAGGGCACGGCGGAUGGCGAUGGCGAGGCCGAAGGCUGCUCUAGGGUGGUCCCCCGCCACCCGCUGCCCAUGGUGGCCCGCGUCUCCAAGGUGAACAUCCUGCCCUUCGGCAGCCCCGGCGGGUCACGCAGCAGCAGUCGAUAUUCCAGCACGGAGACGCUGAAGGAGGAGGAGCAGUUCGGAGUCUGUUGGCCCGGCCAAGGACGGACUCUCCAGGCAGGUUAUGGUAUCUAUCGAUCACCCAGCUUCGGGGCCAGCGACGGCCUGGCGUGGGGACAGCCAGGGGUCCGCGUCCGCCCCAAGCUGCCCCAAAGCGUGGCCAAGGCCAAACCGGACUGUGGGAGCGAGAGCCUGCACCAGCCAGGGCUGGAAGGGGAGCGGGCCAAGCACCGCAAGUCCUUGUCCAACCCUGACAUCGCCACCGAGACCCUGACCCUCCUCAGCUUCCUCAAAUCGGACCUCUCGGAGCUGAAGGUGAAGAAGAAGGGGGUGAGGGUCGGCCUUGACGCGGGCUCCGAGGGAUGCUCCGGCGUUGCCAGCCCCUCCCCAGGCAGCUGUGGUGCCACUCACCCCCAGAACCGCUGGGCGCCGGGCGAGCGGCCCACACUCAAGGACCUGACGGCCACUUUGCGUCGCGCCAAGUCCUUCACCUGCUCCGAGAAAUCCGGGACGCGGCGCCUUUUCCUACAGAGCUCCAUGAAGCAGAGCUCCUCCGAGCUCCUUCUGGCCGCCACGGACAGCCAGGAGCGGGUGGCUCCAGGUGGGGGACAACAAGGGGACGAGGAUCCUCUCCCCAUGGUCAUCCAGGACCAGUACAUCCAGGAGGCGAGGCAGGUGUUUGAGAAGAUCAGCAGGAUGGGUUCCCAGCAGGACUACGGCUUUGCCGCCGAGCAGAAGGACAGCGGAGGUGUGGAGGGCGCCGAGGUGGUGGCACCGACGGGCACAACGGACAGAACCCUUCGGGGACAGGCGGAGAGCACACGGUGUUUGAAGGACGUGGAAGUGGAGGAGAACCUCGCUCGCAGCAAAUCUGUGGAGGAGCUGUCGGGUCACGAGUCGAGCGUGACGGACGAGGGCAUCGUCACGGAGCCAGAGCCCGUGGGGAUGCCCUUCCAAAACCUGCAAGAAGCUGUGGACGCCUGGAUGCUGCCCAGUGCCACGACAGCCGCCGGCAGCUCCGAAGCGCUGCCAGCUCACCCGAUGGUGGCUGAAGAGCUCCCAGGCAGCAAACCCGAGACGCCCAGCACCCCUGGCAGCCUGCGGCGCCGACGUAAGUUCCCGUCGGCGGGCGCCAAUGGGAUGGAGGGUGGCAGCGAGGGUGGCACUGAGCCCUACCGCUCCCUCAGCGACCCCAUGCCUCACCGGAGAUGCUCGGUGCCGGAGGAGGCCAAGAAUUUCUCCGUCGACAGCAACCUGCUGGGCUCACUGAGCGCCAAGGCGGGCAUCCCGCAGCCCGCCGCCAUGGUGGGCAGCGCGGGCAGCGCAGGCAGCGACCUGUCCCUGGGCAGCGACGGGCCCCGGGACUACAGCAGCCUCAUCCGCACCAUCGUCAGCCAGCCUGGCGCCAUGGCCAAGCUGGGUGACGACAAGGCCAACGGCAAGACCAUCAAGAAGAAGUCGCUGAGCGACCCCAGCCGCCGCGGCGAGCUGGCAGCCGGCGCCUUCGAGGCGCCCGGUGAGGCCAUCAGCGAGCUGGAGCCCAGCAUUCCCCCGUCCAGCAGCGAGCCUAUCCUCUCGGCACAGCCGGCAGCGCCAGGCGCCGGGCGCGGCUACGGCUUCGACCCCAAGCUGGCCGACGUGCUGUCCCCUCGCGUCGCCCGCCGCAGCUCCAAGAAGCGCUCCAACCGCGCAGCCCACCAGGAGAACCAGCCGCCCCCAGCGCCUGCCAUCCUCACCAAGAGCCGCCCGGCCGCCAAGCACGUCCGGCACACCAGCGAGCCCGCCACCUUCGUCCCCAUCACCGUCCCCGAGCCGCUCGUCCCCUCCGGCCACCACGGCCACCUCCCCGCGCCGGCUGCCGGCCGCUCGCCCGGAAAGUCCUUCCCGACGCUCCAGCCACCUUCGCUGGAGGAUGUCACCAAGCGGUACAUGCUGGCCCUCAACUCAGGUGACACGUGCCCCGGUGCUGGGGACAGACCCCGCUCGCCACCUGCUGCCCCACCGCCCCGGCUGCCCCGGUGCACACGCCUGCCCGACGAACACAGCCCCAGGACCAAGCCGCAGGUGGACAUGAGGAAACACGUCAUCAUGACCCUGCUGGACACCGAGCAGUCCUACGUGGAGUCCCUGCGCACCUUGAUGCAGGGAUACAUGAAGCCACUGAAGCAGCCGGAGAACUCCCUGCUGUGCGACCCUUCGCUGGUGGAUGAGAUCUUCGACCAGAUCCCCGAGCUGCUGGAGCACCACGAGCAGUUCCUGGAGCAGAUCCAUGACUGCGUGCAGAACUGGCACGAGAAGCAGAAAGUGGGCGACCUCCUGGUGCAGUCGUUCUCCAAGGAUGUGCUGGUGAACAUCUACUCUGCCUACAUCGAUAACUUCCUCAACGCCAAGGAUGCUGUCAGGAUCGCCAAGGAAGCCCGGCCGGCUUUCAUGAAGUUCCUGGAGCAAAGCAUGCGGGAGAACAAGGAGAAGCAGGCCCUGUCCGACCUGAUGAUCAAGCCGGUGCAGAGGAUCCCGCGAUACGAGCUGCUGGUGAAGGACCUGCUGAAGCACACGCCAGAGGACCACCCCGACCACCCCUUCCUCAUCGACGCCCAGCGCAACAUCAAGCAGGUGGCUGAGAGGAUCAACAAGGGCAUGAAGAGCGCGGAGGAGGUGGAGAGGAACGCCCGGAUCGUGCAGGAGAUCGAGUCCCACAUCGAGGGGAUGGAGGACCUCCAGGCCCCGCUCCGCAGGUUCCUGCGCCAGGAGAUGGUCGUGGAAGUGAAGGCGGUGGGUGGGAAGAAGGACCGCUCCUUCUUCCUCUUCACGGACCUGCUGGUGUGCACCACGCUGAAACGCAAGUCGGGCUCGCUCCGCCGCAGCUCCAUGAGCCUGUACACGGCGGCCAGCGUGAUCGACACCGCCAGCAAGUACAAACUGCUCUGGAAGCUGCCCCUGGAGGAUGUGGACAUCGUCAAAGGUGCCUCGCAAGCCACCAACAGGGAGAGCAUCCAGAAGAGCAUCAGCCGCCUGGAUGAGGACCUCAACACGCUGGGGCAAGUCAGCAAGCUGUCAGAGACCCUCAGCUUCCCCCACCAGGGCCUGGAUGACGUGAUCAAGGACCUGAUGGCCGCCAUCCACCGGGAGCUGUCGGAGAAACAAUCCCUGUCCUUCAGCAUGGCCUUCCCCCCCAACAAGGUGGAGCUCAGCACCACCAAAGCCGACGGCACCGAGUCCUUCAUCUUUGAGUUCCCCAACCCUGAGGCCCGGCUCGGCUUCGAGCAAGCCUUCGAGGACGCCAAGAAGAAGCUGGCUUCCAGCAAAAACUGCCUGGACCCGGAGUUCCUCAAAGCCAUCCCCAUCAUGAAGACGCGGAGUGGGAUGCAGUUCUCCUGCGCUUCUCCCAGCCACGGCAGCCCGGAGAGCUCGCACGAGGUGUGGGUUUGCAACAGCGAUGGCUACGUGGGGCAGGUCUGCCUGCUGAGCAUCCGCAAGGAGCCCACGGUGGAGGCCUGCAUCGCCGUCUGCUCCGCCAGGAUCCUCUGCAUCGCCUCCGUGCCGGGCCUCAAGCGCGCCUGCAGGGAGCGCGUGGAGCCGCUGGGCAGCCCUUCGGCGGAGCUGGGCGCGGCGCAGCCGGAGGACGCGGGGCCGCAGCCGUGCCUGCACAUCUCCAUCUCGGGCUCGUCGCUGGAGCUCUCAGAGCCUGUGGACGCCGGCAGCCGGGAGCUGGUGCCCUUUGACAGCGACGACACGGAUGAUGAGUCCUCGCCCAGCCCCUCCGGGACGCUGCAGAGCCAAGCCAGCCACUCCACCAUCUCCUCCAGCUUCGGCAAUGAAGAGAUCCCGAGCUGCAAGGAGGCAGCGGUGGAGACGACGAGCUCGGAGGAGGAGCAGGAGCCCGGUUUCAUGCCCAUCUCGGGCACCUAUGGGCAGAACCGGCACGGCGAGAGCCCCACGGACGGGCGCGCCCUGCGCCGCUCCAGCCGCGGCUCCUUCACCCGUGGCAGCCUCGAGGACCUCCUCAGCCUGGACCCCGAAGCCCACCAGAGCUCCAUGUGGCUGGGCACCGAGGACGGCUGCAUCCACGUGUACCAGUCCUCGGACAACAUCCGGAACAGGAAGAACAGCAUGAAGAUGCAGCACGCUGCCGCCGUCAUGUGCAUCCUGUACCUGGAGAACCAGGUUUUCGUGUCUCUGGCCAACGGGGAGCUCGUCGUGUACCAGCGGGAAGCAGAGAGGGACAUCCCUAGAGGGAGGCUGGAGACACCACACCCCGAGGCAGGUGGAGGCCGCUUCUGGGACCCCCAAAACUCCAAGUCCCUGUCCCUGGGCUCACCGGGGAGCCCCAUCACCAAGAUGGUGGCAGUGGCGGGCAAGCUGUGGUGUGGCUGCCAGAACCGAGUCAUCGUCCUCAACACCAGCACGCUGGCACAGGAGCACACGCUCCAGGUGGGGCAGGACGGCGGGCGCAGCGUCACCUGCAUGGUGAGCGCGGGCAGCGGCGUGUGGGUGGCGCUGCAGGGCAGCGCCCAGGUGCGGCUGUACCAUGCCACCACCUACGAGCAGCUGGCCGAGGCAGACAUCACCCCUCCGGUGCACAAGAUGCUCGCCGGCUCGGAUGCCAUCAUCCGGCAGCACAAGGCCGCCUGCCUGCGGAUCACGGCGCUCCUGGCGUGCAAGGACCUGCUGUGGAUCGGCACCAGCGCCGGUGUGGUGCUGACGCUGUCGGUGUCGGCCAAGGCGGCCCCGGCGCUGGUGGGGCUGUCCCAGGGCCACACCGGCCACGUUCGCUUCCUCACGGCCAUCGAGCUGCCCGACGGCUGCGACGUGCUCUUCCCGCUGCCCAGGGACACGGGGGCCGAGCAGCCGAGCGAGGCCGAGAAGCGAGACCCGUCCCGCGCGCGGGGCCCCGCCCUGGGCCUGUCCAAGCCCAAGAUGUUGGUGAUCAGCGGCGGCGACGGCUACGAGGAUUUCCGGCUGACCAGCUCCAGCGAGACCGUGGGCCGGGACGACAGCACCAACCACCUCCUCCUGUGGCGAGCGUGACCUCCUCCUGUGGCCAGCAGAGGGGCUGCGGCCCCCCGCGCGCUGAGGGGGCCCGGCCCCCGCCCGCCGCCCCCGCCCCAGCACCUCUCAUCUCCAGCCCGGCUGCUCUCUGUGUGCUCGGGGUUGGGGGGGCCGAGCCCCGCUCCCCCCGCCGUCCCCCCGGCCGCCGCACUGGACUCGGGGGGGACACACAGCGCUUCGGGGGCCUCCAGAAGGUGGGGAGGGGGCGGGGGCUCGCUUGGGAAGGAGCUGCGGAGGAGGAGGACGUUACCGAGCAUCCCCGGGGGUGCCCGCCAGCCAGGAACCUGCCUCGCUCUCCGGUUUUGUGUGUGCCUGCUUCACGGGGCGGGGGGGCGCGGGCCUGCCACCCCCCCGGCCCCCGGGACCCCCGGCCACGCCGCGGGACCGCCCCAGGGACAAUCCGCCCGCGGUGUCCCCCCCGGCCCGGGCCGCCCGCUAACCCGCUCGCUCCAUCGCCAGCACCCCGAUAGCUCUGUUCGUUCGUUCGUUUGUUUUAAAUAUAUAUAUAUAUAUUAUAUA